AUGCCAUGCAACCGUUGUCGCACGCGUCAUUACAGAUGCGAUGGGGGACAGCCAAGAUGUGGACGGUGUGAGCAAGCCAAAAAGCAAUGCGUCUACGAGACGGGACGGCGCUUUCGGCGGUCGUCCAUCCAAGAGACCUUCAGCGAAAAUCAGCCUUGGGUCUCCAUGCCUCCUCGCAUACAGUUCUUGGAUGAAUCGAACGACAUACGCUCCCAAUACUCUGAUGAAGUAUACUUCCCGUUCUACAGUCCUCCUACCGCACAAAGCUUCUCACCCCAAGCACUUUCGUCUGUAAGUGGUGGAAACCAUACAGGCACGCCGUCGACCUCUGUUGUCACACCUGCCGAGGGCCUUACGGUUCUGUCGCUCCUCAACUCAGAAUCGCCGGCUCAGUCUCACCAUAACGCUGUUUCUCCUCCUUUUGAUCAUCAUGCACCCUCGAAUACAUCACACCCCGAUGAGGCUCGCAUGUUCGUCUAUCAACAACCUCCAGGUGAACCUAUUCUUUGGCCUCUUGAGCAUGAGCAAGAGGCAAUGUUGCUGCGGCACUACAUUGAGAAUGUAGCACUAUUUUUCGAUAUGAUUGAUGAUGAGUGCCAUUUUUCUGUUCAUGUUGUACAAAGAGCGAAGAAAGACAGCACAUUGAUGAAUGCCAUCUUAGCCCUAUCUGCACGCCAGCUUAGCCGCACCACAGAUUUCGAUCCGUAUAUUGCAGAUGCAUAUUAUCAGCGUUGCUUCGACACACUCAUCCCCGCGCUCAAUAACAAUAACAUCGCGAUCAAGGAUGAGUCGCUUCUUGCAGCGACCAUCAUCUUGCGACUGCUCGAAGAGAUGAACAUCUCCAUUAUCGGCAAUGAUCCACAAGGGCACCUGUUUGGAACUCAGGCUAUUAUACGCGCCGCAGAGCAAUCGUAUGCUGCGGCAAGUGGGCCAAGCUUCCGACAGGCUAUCUAUUGGGCCGCUUUUCGCCAGGAGCUGUGGAUAUCGCUGAUGACACAACGUGCCUUUCAGCUACAUAUCUUCCCAGCUGAUCGGUCACUUGAGCCUGCUAGUGAUCCAAUAUGGGCUACACGUACCAUUGCUCAUCUAGGCGAUGUUUGCAAUUUCGCAUUUGGGGAAGACAGGCACAGUGUCUCACGCUACGGCCAGCUCAUGGACGAGAACAGAUCCUGGAGAACACGAAGACCUGACAGCUUCGAUCCUUUCUACUAUCGGCAAGACCGAGACGGCAGCGGAAGAAACUUCCCUGACAUUCGGCUGCAUGAGAAAUCUCAUGUAAUGGGUACGCAGUAUAACACACUCGCUCAUAUGUUGUUGGUUGUGCAUGACCCUACGAUCCCACAACUCGGCCCAGCGCAUAAGCAGUCUCGCGCAGUGGUGGACAGGAUGGUGCAAGAGGACGUUCGCACCCUCUGUGGUGUUGCGCAAUCGAACGAGAAGUUCUUUCCGUGCAAGUUUGUUGCUUGCUAUGCCAUUGCUCUUGUCGGCGAUCGCUUCCCAAUGAGAGACGAUCAAGAGCAGUUGCGCGAGCUUUGGUAUGCGUGCGAGCGUUCGCACGGGUUUCCGCCAACAGCAACAAUUCAGCAGCUUGAGGAAUCCUGGGGAUGGCACAAUCACUGA